GAUAACUCUCCGGGCUUCAUUCAUAAAUCCUCAGGCCGGUGACGGAGCUGCAGCUCGGAGCUGGACCCGGAGGUGUCAGAUCAUGAGCUAUGAGUCACCUGCAUGGGAGAAUAUAACUGACACUUCCACGGUUGCCCCUAGCUCACCCACUCAGGAUGGGUACGUGUUACUUCUGGUUCUGCUCUCAGUAUUCAUUGGGGGGACACUUCUUCUCCUCACCGGGGUUCUGAUCCUGUGCAGACGCUGUUGUGACACCCGCCUCAGACUCUCCAGACCCAGUGAUGAUGCAGAGAAAACAAACACCUCAUAUGUGGAUGAUUCUCAACCCACCCAUGAAAUAACUAUCCGUGUUGAGGAUGCAGAGUCUCUGUCAGCCUCGGGUCUGCGGGAUGUGGAAUCAGAGAGAUUUUUGUGCACGGCCUCCAGUGGUCGAAGAGUCUCAUUCAAUGAGGGAGCUCUGUGUGUACAGGAAAAGAAAGAAAGGGAUAGGGGAAGGAGGUACACCUUGACCGAGGGAGACUUUCACUACCUUAAGAAUGCACGAUUGACACUCACACCUCUACCUUCUAUGCCUCCUACUGCUUUACGCAUUUUAACCAUACAUGAGAGUGAAGGAGGAGAUAGCAGCAGCAGCGGGGGAGCAUCAGAGACACAGCCCAUCUCCCCCAACAAGUCCAACAUCUCCAUAUAUAAGCCACCUUGCAGUUCUCCAGUUCCACUCACUCACCUGUCUCUCGGUUUGAGUUCUGCUCUUCCUGGUGAUGCGUACAAUUCUGUGACAGACACUAGCUUCAGCCCUCCCACUCCCAGGCAGAGUCCUGCUAGUGCAAGGUUUGACAGCAGUAGUCACACUCCCCAGGGCGAUGGUGGCUCAGAUACUGGGCCCACCAGAAGCCACGGUGCAGUGCUUCAAUUUUUUAAUCGUCUACGGCGACAUGCAAGCUUGGAAGCAGCCAGUCCUUACCUCAAAAUCAAGAAAUGGAAACUGGGAAGCAUGCAAAGAGCAAGCAGCCUAGAUACAAGAGGGUCACCAAAGCGUCACCAGUUCCAGCGACAGAGGGCAGCAAGUGAAAGUGCGGAACGUGAUGACAUCAUACACUAUAUAGCCCACACACAAGAUAUCGCUUUCCCUUCCAGCCAAGGACCCCUUACUUCACAUCAUGGGACACCCCACCACUCUCUCGGCAGGUUAGACCACGGGGAGAAUGGGUCUCUGUCAGACAUAGGGGCCACAGAUCAGUCUCAGCUUCUUCCCCAAUGUGACAUAUGGAGCCUGCGUGCUUCACUUGAGCUCUGUGCUUCCGACCAAAGUAGCAGCAACAAUGACCGUGAUUCUGUGCGCAGUGAUGCAGACAGUGUGAGCUCUUUGAGCGGUCUCCCUAGCCUUCCAUCCCAAGACCUGCCAGAUGGUAAGCCUGUUCGAGGUACAGAGUCUGACACAGGACCCCGCAAGCUUCUACAGAUGGACAGCGGCUAUGCCUCUAUUGAAGCUCCCUGUCGCCCCCCUGAAGAAUCAUGUAGUCACAGACAUAAGACCGCCUCGGAGAAGCGACUGUUUUUUACUCAUGCUGGGCGUAAAGGAACAGUGUUUGAAAGUUUGGAGGGGCAUCUAUAUGACCAGGGUGCUUCAGGGGGAGAAGAGGAUUCCUGGUUCCCUCCCCACACCCAAACACUGACUCCCAGAGAGGCCAUCUCACGUAGGGAUUACAGCAUUGAUGAGAAAACAGAUGCAUUAUUUAAUGAGUUUUUACGACACGAUCCCCAAUACGACGACUCUCCAUUGCGUAUAAAACAUCGGUCCCGUGCUCACUUGCGGAAGCAAUGGCAGAGGACAAAGCAGUACAGUGACCCAGGCGUUCGUUUCACCCCAGCACUUGACAGACAUCGUGCUCCUCCUCUACGAAGAGGAGAUAGCACAAGCUACCUACCUGACACACGGUACCACAGCACUUUGCCAAGAAUUGCAAGUUCUACUGAUGAGGAAGGGGCCGAUGGGUGCCCACAAAGCCCCUCCUCUCUCACCCCAGAGGACAAAAUUCAGUCUAUAGAGGAAGAGCCCUCAGAACACAUCCCUGCCCCUGAUGAAUCCCGACAUGCCUCACAUGGCAAUGAGCAAGAUUAUGGCUAUGGGCCCCAGACCACAGAGUUGCUUGACAAGAUCGGUGCAGGACUGGAAGAGCGUCUCUACCCUAGUGUGCAGAGGUUGGCACGCAGCCCUGAGAGACUGUGCAUCGUGGCACAUAUAUCUCCAGAUCAUAGUCCGGUUUAGGGAAACUCCUACUAGCGUCACAUCCUGGGAUGUGGGGGCAUAAUGCGUAUAGAGUUUCAGUGACCGAGUGGGUAUGUAGAUUACUAUUACUAGAUAGCACAGUGCCAAAUGAAACAUGUCUGAAGGCCCCAUUGAACACAUCACUACACAUUGUGCCAUAUGGACCCAAAGCAUGACUGUAAAUACAUGCAACACAUAUACACAUCACUUCCAUAAAAAGCAUGGAGAUCAACGCUGCAUUAAUCACAUUCACAGAAAGCUGUACUUUUAUCUUCCAAGCAAUAUGAUGUCUUCUUCCUGAAUGCCGGAUUACAAGCACUGCCCUCAGGGACACAGCAAAAGGGGCAAGGUGUGGACCCCUUAGUUCUCAAUGUGGUUGCUACACAUCUGGCUCUCCCUAUCCAACUGAGUGAACUGGAUGGCACAAGAGGGUGGGAUUAAUUGGAGGGUGGGCGAGGGAGGUUUUAGGGCUUAAAAUGUCUUGCACCAUGGAGGUGGGUGGAAUGUAUUUAUUUUUUUAAGCAAUUUUUGUUAUUGGGAAGUGGAGUUGUUCUUCCCCCUGUAAUCUCACAGUAGCACAUGGUGGAGUUCAAGAGGUCCUCAAUUACAUUCUCCCUGCCACUACCGUGUAUCUUCUACUUAUUAAAAUGAGAAAGCGUAUUGUGAUUGGUAGUGUGUGUGUGUAUGUGUG